UAUAUGUAGCGGUGGCAAUGUGGUAGUUUACCUGUAGUAACAGACAAACUUUCAGCACAAUUUAAACUCAUAGUGAAAAUUGCAAACAGUAGAAAUGCAUCUUAACUUUGGAUUCCUAUAUUGAUGGCAAUGGCUGUUUCAGUCUCGCACAAGUCUGAGGAACAUGGACAUGAGAGUCAUGGCCACAAAACAACAACCUUAUCUGAGCACGGUGAAGAGGAUCAUAAAGGAAGUAAAGUCCUCCACAAGUCUGAGGAACAUGAACAUGAGACUCACGGCCACAGAACAACUGGGCACGGGGAGGAAAGAAAAGCUGAAAGGAAAGUUUCCCACAAUUUUGAGGGACACGUACAUGAAACUCACGGCCACAGAACAACCACCUCAUCUGAACACGGGCAGAAAAGGGAGGAGGAGGACAAGCACACAGAAGGAAAAGCCGACAGGAGAGUGCACCACGUCUUUGAAAAACCGGAGGGGGAAAGAGGGAGUCAUGAGACCACAAAACACACUUCUGGGAAAGAGGAUGAAGACAGAGAGAAGGAAAGAGAGAAAAGGAAAGGUAGAAUCUGAACACGUGGUAUAACAGCACAGUGAUUCAUAACUGGCUGCACAUCGGGAGCCAAACUUUAUCAUGAUGAGGUUAAUAGGUGGCACAGUAUUGCAUUUAUCUAAUAUGUUCCU